AUGAUAAAACUUCUGGAAUCAGAGAUGGAAUCAAAAAUUCACCAAUUGGACGAGUUGGACAACUAUGGGAAGAAAUGGGUGGAUAACACGAUAUAUAACACUUUGGAUAAAGCGACAACUGCAAUGACUGGAAACUCAAAGACUGGUGGAAGAAUGACUAAAGAGGAGUGGAAACAAGGUAAAAAGAUAGGAAAACAAGGUGGAAAGUUGUGGAAAUGGUAUAAAAAGAACGGUAAAGAAAAAGAUAAAAAAGACUUGAAAGGCUCUAAAGAUCAGAAAAAUAAAAGUAAUGCUGUACAACCUAAACAACAGAAACAAACUAAACCAAAUAAUCAGAGGAAGAAGGACGACAAGAAAAAUAACAACAAAAAACAGCUGAUUUCUAAAAAUAGAAAGUUGACAAAUCGUAAAAAUAGAACACCAAGAAAUACGAAAAAAAUGACCAACAGAAAUAAUAACUUGAUGGGUAAAAGGGGAAAACAAUUGCAAAAUAGAAAACAACACAGAAAAGAAAUUACUUUGAAAAACAAAGCGAAAAACUUACCAAAAGCAAAGAAAAUAAAUUUCAGCAAAUUAAGAAGAAGAUUAAAUUCAAACAAGAAAAGAACGCCAAAACCAAUCCAACACAAAAUGAAUAAAACCAGACUUCCAAAACCAAAUACUAAAAACAACAAAUUUGCCCAAAAUACAAUCAACUCGAAGAAAAACAACAAAAGAAAUUAA